GCGGCGUAAGCGCUUCAUCCAUUCGGAUCAUAUACGUGUCUGUCUCUUUUCGCCCGAGCCCAGGACCCGAGAGGAGGAUAGACUACAACAAUGCCACCAAAAAGCAACAACAAACAGCAGUCAGAGGAGGAUCUGCUUCUGCAGGACUUUAGCAGGAAUCUCUCGGCUAAAUCCACGGCGCUUUUCUACGGAAAUGCUCUCAUUGUGUCCGCAAUUCCCAUCUGGUUGUUCUGGAGGAUCUGGCAUAUGGAUUUGGUCCAGUCAGCAGUGCUGUAUGCAGUCAUGACUCUAGUCAGCACAUACCUGGUUGCCUUCGCUUACAAAAAUGUCAAAUUUGUCCUUAAGCACAAGGUCGCCCAGAAACGUGAAGAUGCUGUGUCCAAGGAAGUGACCCGCAAGCUUUCUGAGGCCGACAACCGCAAAAUGUCCCGCAAAGAGAAGGAUGAGAGGAUCCUUUGGAAGAAGAAUGAGGUCGCUGAUUAUGAGGCCACAACCUUCUCCAUCUUUUACAACAACACCCUGUUUCUCUUGCUGGUCAUCGUUGCCUCUUUCUUCCUGCUGAAGAACUUCAACCCAACAGUGAACUACAUUCUGUCCAUUAGCGCCUCUUCUGGUCUGAUUGCCCUGCUGUCCACAGGGUCCAAAUAAGAGACUGAUCACAUUAGGAGGAGAUAAACGACAAACAAAUUAGAGGAUUAUGGGAUUGGGUGAGGGAGGGGUGGUAAGGAAUUAAGAGGUUUGUGAUCUUUUGGGAGGCAUCCAUUACUUCAUCUGUUAAACUUUCAUGAAAUUCAUGAUCAGUAAAUGCUGAACGCUUUUUUAUGUCUGGUCUUUUUGUUUUGUAUCAAUAAAAGACAAUUUAUUCA